AUGGCCGCCCUGAAACCGAACGUCCAUCAGAAACCAAACCUUCCACCAAAACCAAGCCUGCAGUCGCUGCAGGGGCCAAACUCCGCCCACCGGCCCGCCGCUCUGGACAGGGCCAUCAGGAGGAUCGAGCCGGGAAUGGUCAAGCAGAGGGCGCUCAGCCUGAAUGCCAAGCAGGACGGCGGCGGGGAGGGGCUAAAUAUAAACGGGAAAAUGUCUUCAGUCCCUAAAGCGGAGUUGCAGCGGUCAACAGGAAUGGUCAGAGAACAGAUCCAGAAAUUAGCUCUGCCCAGAGAGAGAGAUGAGGACAAACAGAAGAACGAAAUGACAGAACCGAAGGAGGAAAGGAAGACAUGGAUGAAGGACAAGAUGACUGACCACAUGGAACAUGGACGAUCAGAGCCUGAUAGGAGUGAGAUGGAGGACAGCGGGUGCGUGGCCAGACUGGAGGAGGAGGGCUCAACCACGCCACCCUGCCCCCUGCAGGAGAAACACUGCCACUGCAUCUGCCACCUGCAGCGGCCUGGAAUGAAGCUGGUAUGGGUUCCACUGCAAACGGAGGAGAAGAACGACAGAACGUGGGCGGAAAGCGAAAGAAGUCAGACGAGUAGCGGGUCACUAAAGAGGGAAGGCGAAAGCAUCAAAGGGGAGACGGAUGGUAGACGGGGAGAGACGGCCACAUACCAGACACCUCCCUCCAGACACACAGCCUCUGUAAAAUCUCCCAGAAUGCCUCAGUGCAUUAACUGCUGGAGCUUUCUGCUCCACCACAGCCCUCAGAAGCUAGCGGAGAGCGAAUGCAUAUACGAAAGCGUGGAAGUGCUAAUCCAUCGGCUGACCCCUGCAGUGAAGCCCCCGUCGGCCCCGCAGGAGCAACAAACUGACCGCCCCCCCAUGGAGGAGGCUGUCUACCUCGAGCUCCUGCCUUCUGAUGAGAACAAGCCCAAACCCCCGACUCCGCCCCCCAGACCACCGUGCCCACAGUCCACCAGUGGUCCUAGUACAGAGCCCUGUGGUACGCCCACAGCUAGAGUCAGUGUUAUGUGA